GAACUGUUUUCACGCCCGUGUACCCUCGUGACAGAGCGCGAUGACGGUGGCAGUGCUGCUGUUGUCUUUACUUUGUAAUUUUGGCUUUUCCUCGGCAAUGAGAGAAUAUGGCAUUGUCUAUCCAACCUUACUUAGCGCACGAGGAUCUGACGAAGAAAAAUCUUUGAGAAUAAAUGAGCAUAUGACUCUCAAUCUGAAAAAGAGCGAGGUGUUCACUGAUGACUUCAUGUUCAUAUCUGAAGAAAAUGGUGAACGAAUACAUCUCCCUAUGCGGAAGGACAACUACGAGAAAGAUUUGUAUCAUGACGCGGAGUUGAUGUCUUCAGUUGUGGUUCGCACGGAUGGCGGUGUCAGUGUGGAAGGCAUACUCAAUGACACACUGCGCAUAAAGCCUCUGUUGGAAAUGGCCCGGUCUUCAGAUGGUCUCAUUGCCCAUAAAUUGUAUGAAAUGCCACUCGAGAAGGAAAGAUCUCCGGAUCGUGAAGACUACAAACCUGCGAACGUAACUGCAAGGGAUGAUGAGUUCACGCCUUUCCUAGAGGCGAGAAGCACACGCAAAACAUACUACCCUGAAAUACACAUUGUGCAAGACUAUGCCCACGCUCAAGCAUUUGGAUUCAAGAAGGAUGAUGUCAUCCUCUACUUCGCCAUUUUCUUCAAUGCCGUAAACAUCAGAUACGCUUUGAACGAGUCACCAAAGAUACAGCUCCGAAUCGCAGUGAUUACUAUGUCAACAAAGGUUGAGCAAUAUCUUGUUUAUGCAGGGCAGAACAAGCAUCAAAUUUUAGAUGAAGAGACACUCGCUCAAUUCAAUUCGUAUUAUGAAACAAAAGCUGAAUUCAUUUCCACUGACUUGACAUAUCUGAUCACCGGGCUAGACAUGACCUUCUAUGAAAACGGAAAGCUCCAGACUUGGGUGGGAGGGUAUUCAUAUGUUGGAGGGUUUUGCCAAACGAGCAAAGUCGCCAUGAGUGAAGACCCUCCGGCGAGCUACUUUGGUCUAACGGUGUUUGCACACGAAGUUGGGCAUUCCCUAGGUUGCGUUCACGAUGGAAAAGGAGCAAUGUCAAAUUUGCCUGGACACAAAGGUUCCGCGAGCUGCCCCUGGGCAGACGGUUAUAUGAUGAGCUACGAGAAAAAAAAUAGAAACCAGUACAUCUUUUCACCGUGCUGCAUCGCUGACAUAAAGAACCUGCUGAGACAACCUCAAUGGGGAUGUCUCAAGAAGAGGCAGCGUAAAUCGAUCAAACGUCAUGGUUUCCCCGGUCAGUAUAUCUCGGGCAAUGACUACUGCAGAAGAGUCUAUUCAACUAUACCCGACAUGCAGUACAAAAAGGAAUAUGGCAUCGUAGACUGCAAGGCACGCUGCCAAGACUCCAAGUAUUAUUAUCUAAUUGCUGUGCCCGACGGCGUUCCGUGUGAUCCGGAGCGAAAAGGAAGCAAGCGAUGUUUCCUUGGACAAUGUGUCACACCGAAGGAUGAAUGAUGUAUAAGAAAAACAGUUCUGUUUUUUUUUCAUUUUCCAUUUAACGCUGACCUUUAACAUCAGCUAAAGGUCAUGCAGGGAGAGUACUCUCAACUCCUAUUUUAAGUAUUCCCAACAAAAAUAAAGAUUUAUUGUCAGCAACUUUA